UUCCACUGGUGUGAGGAGGAUCAGCAGCAACAUGCCGACUGUCGGAGUAAAGAGGGAUCUCCUUUUCAAAGCUUUGGGCAGAACUUACACCGAUGAGGAGUUUGACGAACUGUGCUUUGAGUUCGGGCUGGAGCUGGAUGAAAUUGAAAGGCAGGAUUUGAUUCUACAACAUGAAGCUAUCUUCAGUUUUACCAACUGCUCGACCUCAGAGAAGGAGAUAAUCAGCCGAGAGCAGGGGGACUCCAAGGCAUCAGGGGCAUCUGACGUCAUCCUGUACAAGAUUGAUGUUCCAGCUAAUCGCUAUGACCUGCUGUGUCUGGAGGGGCUGGUGCGUGGGCUGCAGGUCUUCAAGAACAAGUUGGAGGCACCUCGCUACAAACGUGUCAGCCCGGCCGGCAGGGAGCCUCAAAAGCUGAUCAUAACUAAGGAGACAGCGGCAGUGCGACCGUAUGCCGUGGCAGCUGUGUUGAGGAACAUUACCUUCACACAGGAGCGCUACGACAGCUUCAUCGAGCUGCAGGAGAAACUCCAUCAGAACAUCUGCAGAAAGAGGAGCAUAGUGGCCAUCGGGACCCAUGACCUGGACACCAUCAGUGGCCCUUUCACGUACACCGCCAAACCUCCCGGAGACAUCUGCUUCAAACCUCUCAAUCAGACCAAGGAGUACACGGCCACCCAGCUCAUGACCCUCUACAAGACAGACAGCCACCUGAGGCAUUACCUUCACAUUAUUGAAGACAAGCCAGUGUACCCCGUCAUCUACGACAGCAACGGUGUCGUCCUGUCCAUGCCUCCCAUCAUCAACGGUAACCACUCAAAAAUCACCCUCCAGACAAAGAAUGUCUUUGUUGAGUGCACAGCCACAGACCUGACGAAGGCAAAGAUCGUGUUGGACAUGAUGGUGACGAUGUUCAGCGAGUACUGUUCACAGCCCUUCACGGUGGAGGAAGCUGAGGUGGUGUACCCUGACGGCAAGAUCCAUAAAUACCCGGAGCUGGCUUACAGGAAGGAGAAGUUGUCCAGCGAGUUCAUCAACAAAAAAGUUGGCAUCAAUGAGUCCACAGAGAAAAUCGCCCAGCUCCUGACCAGGAUGUGCCUGCGCUCCCAGGUGACCGGUGUCGGCGAUGAGAUUGAGGUUGAGAUCCCUCCCACACGCUCAGACGUCAUCCACGCCUGUGAUAUCAUGGAGGACGCUGCUAUGGCGUACGGAUUCAACAACAUCACCCGCACCACACCGCGCACCUACACUGUGGCCAACCAGUUUCCAAUGAAUAAACUGACGGAGCUGUUGAGACAAGACCUGGCAGCUGCUGGAUUCACAGAAGCCCUCAACUUUGCCCUGUGUUCCAAAGAAGAUAUCGCCGACAAGCUGGGGAAGAAGAUCUCAGACACCAUGGCUGUUCAUAUCUCAAACCCCAAGACCGCUGAAUUCCAGGUGGCGCGCACCACCUUACUGCCGGGCCUGCUGAAAACCAUCGCUGCCAACAGGAAGAUGCCCCUUCCCCUCAAACUGUUUGAGAUCUCUGAUGUGGUGCUGAAGGAUGAGACCAAAGAUGUUGGUGCUAGGAACAGCCGGCGUUUCUGUGCCGUUUACUACAACAAGAGUCCGGGCUUUGAGGUGAUCCACGGCCUUCUGGACCGAACCAUGCAGCUGCUGGAGGUGAAGUCAGCCCGAGGGGACGGAUACCACAUCCAGGCUUCAGAAGAUUCCACCUUUUUCCCGGGGCGCUGCGCAGAGAUCUUGGUCCAUGGAAAGAGCGUGGGCCGCCUCGGGGUCCUCCACCCGGAUGUCAUCAACCGCUUCGAGCUGACCAUGCCCUGCUCGGCACUGGAGAUGGACAUCGAGCCUUUCCUUGGCCACACUGCAGAAACCACCCUCACACACGACGUCCCCAUGCAGGAAGUCAUCAAGCACAACUUCCCCACGCAAGAUGAUUCCUCGCAGACCGCGUCGUCCCGCCCCACUUCCACAAAAACUGUGUUUGGUGACAUGAGCACGCCCGCUGGCCUUAAAGCUCUUAAUGACUUUCUGGCAGACAAAAGCUACAUAGAGGGCUUUGUGGCGUCCCAGGCAGACACAGCAAUGUUUGACGCCAUCCCUUCUGCUCCCUCGCCGACCUUCUGCCACCUCAUGCGCUGGUAUAACCACAUCAGGUCCUUCCAGAGGGAACGAGCCAGCCUCCCUUCAGCUAAGAGUCAGUUUGUACUCCCAGCUUCCACCCAAGCCCCGACAAAGAACACCAGCGACGACGACGAUGACGACAUGGACCUAUUUGGCUCAGACGAUGAAGAAGAGAGCGCAGAGGCGGCCAGAAUCAAGGAGCAGCGCCUUGCUGAGUACGCCGCCAAGAAGUCCAAGAAGCCAGCUCUCAUCGCCAAGUCCUCCAUCCUGCUCGAUGUCAAGCCCUGGGACGACGAGACGGACAUGAGCAAGCUGGAGGAGUGCGUCCGAAGCGUUGGCAUGGAAGGACUGCUGUGGGGGCAGUCCAAGCUGGUCCCGGUUGGCUACGGCAUCAAGAAGCUCCAGAUAGGCUGCGUGGUGGAGGACGAUAAAGUGGGCACGGACCUGCUGGAGGAAGCCAUCACCGCCUUCGAGGAAUAUGUUCAGUCUGUGGACGUGGCUGCCUUCAACAAGAUCUGAAGCACACGGAUACGGACUGAACUCCCUGAAUGGUUCCAUCUGAUGUCUCUGAUGUCAUCUGACAGUCUCUGUGAAAGAUGAAGAAAAAUGUCCAACGUCCAUGUAAAGCAACAACCACUGCUCAGGUUCUUUAUUGAAGAGACUGUUUAUCUUUUCAUAGAAACUUGCAUUCAAAGAUCAAAUAAAGCCAUUCUAACUUUUGAACAAGUA